AUGUCCGACUCUCAGGAAUCAAUCCAGAUUCUGGAAGAACUUUUCCAAAAACUUUCCACCGCUGAUGCUGGUUCCAGACAAGAGGUCGCUACCGACGUUUCGUCCUUCUUGAACGGCAACAUCAUUGAGCAUGACAUUCCUGAACACUUCUUCAACGAGUUGAAGAAGGCCGCUAAGGACAAGAAGACCGCUGCUAACAUCUUAGCCGCUAUCACUCACAUCUGUAGUGAGGCUAACUUGUCCCCAUCUGUCGAGCCAUUCAUGGUCGACCUUGUCGAAGGUAUCUGUGAAAAGACCGGUGACAAGGAGAAAGAGUUGCAAACUUUGGCCUCUGAAUGUUUGAUUGCCGUCGUUAAGGCUAUCAACCCAGUCGCUAUCAAGGCUUUGUUGCCUCACUUGACCGUUAGAUUGUCUGAGUCUAACAAAUGGCAAGAGAAGGUCGCCGUCUUGGCCGCCAUUACCGCUUUGGUCGACGCCGCUAAGGAGCAAGUCGCUCUAAGAAUGCCAGAAUUGAUUCCUGUCUUGUCCGAAGCCAUGUGGGACACAAAGAAGGAGGUCAAAUCGGCUGCUACCGCCACCAUGACCAAGGCCACUGAAACCGUCCAGAACAAGGAUAUUGACCGUUUCAUCCCAGAAUUGAUCGGCUGUAUCGCUGACCCUAAGUUGGUCCCAGAAACCGUCCACUUGUUGGGUGCCACCACUUUCGUCGCUGAAGUCACUCCAGCUACUCUGUCCAUCAUGGUCCCAUUGUUGUCCAGAGGUUUGGCCGAGAGAGACACUUCCAUCAAGCGUAAAGCUGCUGUCAUUAUCGACAACAUGUGUAAGCUGGUCGAAGACCCUCAAGUUGUUGCUCCUUUCUUGGGUAAGUUGUUGCCGGGUUUGAAGGGUAACUUCUCCACCAUUGCUGACCCAGAAGCCCGUGAAGUUACUUUGAGAGCUUUGAAGACUUUGAAGAGAGUCGGUAACGUCGGUGACGAUGACUCCCUUCCAGAAGUCUCCCACGCCGGUGACGUCUCCACCACUUUGGCUUUGAUCGAGAAGCUGUUGGCUAACGAAAAGGUCGCUCCAAGAUUCAAGAUCGUCGUCGAAUACAUUGCCGCUUUGGCCGCCGACUUGAUCGACGAAAGAGUCAUUGAUCAACCAACGUGGUUCAACCAGAUCACCCCAUAUAUGACCAUCUUCAUGCACGAAAGAAACGCCAAGGAAGUCUUGGACGAAUACAGAAAGUUGGCCGUCGACAACAUUCCAACUGGUCCAUCUUUCGAUGACGAAGAAGACGAAGGUGAAGACUUGUGUAACUGUGAGUUCUCCUUGGCUUACGGUGCCAAGAUCUUGUUGAACAAGACUCAAUUGAGAUUGAAGAGAGGUAGAAGAUACGGUCUAUGUGGUCCAAACGGUGCUGGUAAGUCUACCUUGAUGAGAGCUAUCGCCAACGGUCAAGUUGACGGUUUCCCAACUCAAGAAGAAUGUAGAACCGUCUACGUCGAGCACGACAUUGAUGGUACCAAGGCUGACACCUCCGUCGUCGACUUCGUCUUCGAAGGUGACGUCGGUACCAGAGAAGAGAUUAUCGCUAAGUUGAAGGAGUUCGGCUUCUCCGACGAAAUGAUCGCUAUGCCAAUUGCCUCCCUAUCUGGUGGUUGGAAGAUGAAGUUGGCCUUGGCCAGAGCCGUCUUGAAGAACGCCGAUAUCCUGUUGUUGGAUGAACCAACUAACCAUUUGGAUACCGUCAACGUCGCUUGGUUGGUCAACUACUUGAACACCUGUGGUAUCACCUCCAUCACUGUGUCUCACGACUCCGGUUUCUUGGACAAGAUCUGUCAAUACAUUAUCCAUUACGAAGGUUUGAAGUUGAGAAAGUACAAGGGUAACCUAUCUGAGUUGGUCAAGAGAGUCCCAGCCGCUAAGUCCUACUACGAAUUGGGUGCCUCCGACUUGGAGUUCAGAUUCCCUGAGCCAGGUUACUUGGAAGGUGUCAAGACCAAGCAAAAGGCUAUCGUCAAGGUCUCCGACAUGACUUUCCAAUACCCAGGUACCUCCAAGCCUCAAAUCAAGGACGUUACUUUCCAAUGUUCCUUGUCUUCGAGAAUUGCCGUCAUUGGUCCAAACGGUGCUGGUAAGUCCACUUUGAUUAACGUUUUGACCGGUGAAUUGUUGCCAACCUCUGGUGAAGUCUACACCCACGAGAACUGUAGAAUUGCCUACAUUAAGCAACACGCUUUCGCUCACAUCGAAGCCCAUUUGGACAAGACUCCAUCUGAGUACAUCCAAUGGAGAUUCCAAACCGGUGAGGACAGAGAAACCAUGGACAGAGCUAACAGACAGAUUAACGAGAACGAUGCUGAAGCCAUGAACAAGAUCUUCAAGAUCGAAGGUACUCCAAGAAGAAUCCAAGAAAUUCUAGCCAGAAGAAAGUUCAAGAACACCUACGAGUACGAGUGUUCCUUCUUGUUGGGUGAAAACAUUGGUAUGAAGUCCGAGAGAUGGGUUCCAAUGAUGUCUGUUGACAACGCUUGGUUGCCAAGAGGUGAAUUGAUCGAAUCUCACUCUAAGAUGGUCGCUGAAGUGGACAUGAAGGAAGCUUUGGCUUCUGGUCAAUUCCGUGCUCUAACGAGAAAGGAAAUUGAACAGCACUGUGCCAUGUUGGGUCUAGACGCCGAAUUGGUUUCUCACUCGAGAAUCAGAGGUUUGUCUGGUGGUCAAAAGGUCAAGUUGGUCUUGGCUGCCGGUACAUGGCAAAGACCUCAUUUGAUCGUCUUGGAUGAGCCUACUAACUAUUUGGACAGAGACUCUUUGGGUGCUUUGUCCAAGGCUCUAAAGGCUUUCGAAGGUGGUGUUAUCAUCAUUACUCACUCUGCUGAAUUCACCAAGGACUUGACUGAAGAAGUCUGGGCCGUCAAGGACGGUAUUAUGACCCCAUCCGGUCACAACUGGGUCACUGGUCAAGGUGCUGGUCCAAGAAUCGAAAAGAAGGAAGACGAAGAGGACAAGUUCGACGGUAUGGGUAACAAGAUUUCCGGUGGUAAGAAGAAGAAGAAGCUGUCGUCUGCUGAAUUGAGAAAGAAGAAGAAGGACAGAAUGAAGAAGAAGAAGGAAAUGGGUGACGCUUACGUGUCCUCCGACGAAGAAGACUUCUAA